AUAAAAACAAAUACAAGGAUCUUAAAAUGGAUUUGAAAACAAACUGGAAGCCAGUGAAGGGAAUCCAAAAUCGGGGUAACGUGCUCAUGCUUGCUUGUACCAGUUAAAAAUCGAGCAGCGGCAUUUUGCACCAGAAGUCUGCCUGUAGUAGUCAGUUUUACAUUACUCCUACAUUUACGUUGGCAUCCCUGGCUCAGUAAGUGGGGAAAAAUUGAAGACCUGUUUGAUGGGAGGGGGUGCCAGAGAGCUGUGUAAUGGCACAAGUAAAACCAGAUGAACUACAUUGAAAUGAGGGGUGCUGUGGGCAGAGAGUUUAUUAGUAUGUGGUCUUGAAAACAGGCUGGCCGGCCAUUUUGGGGUUUUGUGUGGCCUGCUGCAUGUGGUGUAAAUUGCACUAAUCUUUCAUGUGCUUUCAGGACAACAGCGAGAUCCAUUUUAAAGUGAAGAUGACAACACAUUUAAAGAAGCUCAAAGAGUCCUACUGCCAGAGACAGGGUGUGCCCAUGAACUCUCUUAGGUUUCUCUUUGAAGGACAGAGAAUCGCCGACAAUCAGACUCCUAAAGAGCUGGGGAUGGAGGAUGAAGACGUCAUUGAGGUGUACCAGGAACAGACGGGAGGCUAUGUGGACAUUUAGACUUUUAUUGUUUUUGGUUUUCUUGCCUUUUUUUAUUUUAAAUUUUUUUUUUUUUUUUGGUUUUCUUAGACAUAAGCCUGAGCCACCCGGUUUAGAGGAGCUCCUUUUAGUUAGACGACUCCCUGUACCCCCCCCCCAACCCUUCCCCAACUCUUGGGGACAACUGGAAAUGGCGCAAGGCAUAUGGUGGGUUGGGGGGGUGGGAGUUGGAGUGUUAAAGGAAUGGAUGGAUCAGCCCACUUCUAUUUUUAUGUGACUUGGACAGUGAGCCCUGCCCCUCUGAUACACACACACACACACACACACACCGUGCCCCGGACACACUGCACUUUUCCCCAUAAUUGUUUAAAAUACAUCGGCAACUCCGUUUACUCCUCCCUUUAUCUCCUCGCUGCAGGCCACUGGUAAUAGAGAGUGAUGAGAGGUCACAUGGUCUGUGACGAGACGCCAUCCCCAGAGUUGUGGUAUCCACCCGCUGCACUGAUUUCUCGCAUGACGCUGCCACCAAAGGUUCUGUUUUAACAGGGCUCCGCUGCUGUGCUUUGAUGGGAACAGACCACAUGACACCCACCUGUAAAGUAGUAGGCAGUGGAAAAGGUGGCGGACUAAAGUUGCCAGCGGACCUCCCAUGGACACUAAUGCGAGGCUGGGGGCUCCCCUGAGGUGUAGCGCUGAGCCAGUUCAGCCUUGGAGCCUCUCUGUGUUUUUUUUUUUUUCCCCUUUUGUCCCCUAACCCGAAACCAACCCGUUCCCCCCCCCCCCCCCGUCCCCAUAUCCAGUUAAACCCAUUGAAGGUGUGGAGCUCAGUGUCUUUAGGUAGUGUGCCCGAGGCCGGAGUGUGUGCCAGCCGGAGCGUGCCUUCCUGGAGGCGCCCCGGAGUGCUGCUGAUUCUGCCGCCUCUCCCCUUGGCCGCCAGUGUGGUGCAUGUAGUUGACCGUGGGUGGGUGGGUGGGCGGGCCUGCUCUCGUGGCAUUAUUGUGGACGUCUCAAAGCAAAAGGCACUCGUCGUGGUUUGUUUUUUUUUUUUUUUUUUUUACUUUUUUUUUUUUUUUUUUCUUCCAUGUUUUUCUGGGGCUCUUGAUUUUACAUUUGUUAAAUUUUCACAUGUGAAAAAUAAUUUCUGAUAGCUUGUAAAACUUUUUUUUCUAAAUAAAACCGGUAAAAAAAGAUUCAGUGCCGUAUGAC